CGUCUGGCUCAGACACCGGAACCAAGCGCCCCCGCUCCAUCUCCACCGUGAGGAGGGAACGCCGCAGUUCUGCAGCUGUCGCCACCUUAAAAGAUUGGAGAUGGCCGAGGCAUCUAGUUUGAGCAGACGUUGAAGUCGCUCCUCGCUGUUUUCUAAAUAAUGCUUAGUUGUCAGAAGGGAGCGUGGCACGGCUCUCUGCUGGGCCGUUUUCAAGUUUGUAAUCUCCCUGACCUUUUUCGCCUCUUCUCAAAACACCUGUACUGACCGGCGUUUACCUUCAACGGACUAAAUGUUUCGUUUGACUCCCGUCGUGGGUCAGGUACUGUUCUCGGCCCGCAGGUUUCCUCAGGGAGUAAAACACAAAGAUCCAUGCCCUCGUGGACCUUACAUUUUAUGCAGAGAAUAAAUAUAAGACCGUUAUGUAACUUGGCAUAUGGUGCCAACAAGAAAUUUGAGCGAGCUAAAAGGACAUCAAUGCAAGCCUGAAGAAAAAGUAAUUGCUCCAUUUUAAGCCAUGGCAUAUCAGUUAUACAGAAAUACGACUUUGGGAAACAGUCUUCAAGAAAGCCUUGAUGAGCUCAUACAGUCCCAACAGAUCACCCCCCAGCUUGCCCUUCAAGUUCUACUUCAGUUUGAUAAAGCAAUAAAUUCAGCAUUGGCUCAGAGAGUCAGGAACAGAGUCAAUUUCAGGGGCUCUCUAAAUACAUACAGAUUCUGCGAUAAUGUUUGGACUUUUGUAUUGAAUGAUGUUGAAUUCAGAGAGGUGACAGAACUUAUUAAAGUGGAUAAAGUGAAAAUUGUAGCCUGUGAUGGUAAAAAUACUGGCUCCAAUACUACGGAAUGAGUAGAGAAAUUCGGCUUUUUUAUGCCACCUUCUGUUAUUUUCAUCGCUUUUUGAAGAAAAACAUAGAAGAGACUUUUUUUAAUUUAUUCUCACGGUGCAGAAAUGACAACACUGUGCUAUACUGUAACCCAAGGGUUUCACAGAGAGAAGCAUGUGACUCUGUUCUCUUACAUGACCUUUAGUACACAGCAUAAAGAAAUGUAACUUUUUUUUUUAAUGACAAAUCAAAAGUGGUUGCCUUCAUACGAAUAUUCUUCAAUAAACUUGUUUUAAAACUU